AUGAUGGAGGAUAUCGAUGCGGAAGCUGGUCAUUGGAGGUUCCAAAUGGAAGGUGUUGAGCUCAAUUUCCAUCUAUUUGAUCCAUUUGGAUCUCAGGAGCUGCCGCACAAAGCCAGAAAGGUCUCCAACGGCAAGAAUCUUUUAGUGUUCAAUGAGGAGGCAAGAAGGAGCGACAAAAUUCCCUGA